AGUUCAAGUAAACAUAUUUUAGUAAUAGUAAUGGAACCGAGAGAAGUCCAAGUCGGUCUGUAAUCGCACGAGUGAUUAACAAAAUUGGACGAGCACGAAGCGGGAGUCCGAUUGUUAAUCACGAGUAUGAUUAGAGACAGAACUGAACGAUACAAGUCCUGUCACCAAUUAAUCAUAACCAUUUCAAUUUCCGAAAAAAAAAUACACCUAGAACAAAUAUCUUCAGUGGAGACAAAGUCUUCUGUUAAAAAUUCCUCCAUUUUGGAAAUUCCCGGGCCGGUUUUUCUUUGGAAGAAUGGUUGUUGCCAUGGUUAUCGUGAUCAUUUCUGUGAUUGGUGGCUUAGCUGAGUAGACUUGUAUGAUUGGCUGCUUCAACUGUCCGGGUACAGGUAUCCGAUUACAGCCAACUGUCCGAUUACAACUGUACAGAAUGAUCAGUAAAAAAUGAAGGUGCGAAUGCACCAAUAAUAUUUGAGGAAUUUGUAAUGGUUAUGAUUAAUAAUGGUAAUAUGACAGCGUGGAGUACAAUUCGGUCUGAAAUCAUACGAGUGAUUAACAAAAUCGGACUACCGUGAAGCAGGAGUCCGAUUUGUUAAUCACGGGUAUGAUACAGCUUUUUUCUGACGACACGAAGUCCUGUUGGCAAUUAAUCAAAACUAUAACAAACUUUCAGAAAGAACAUAGAUAUUAGUAAUACGUUUUCGUAAAACAAAAACAACAGUAAACUUGGCGAAAUACGAGACAACAGCGCGCGCUCAUCACGUGUUAACUGUCCUAUUACACUGUCCAAUUGCAAGCAUUACGCGUACUCUGUCCUAUUAGUGCUCACAUCGGGCUGGUGAUAACCAAUCACGUUUUAAUAUUUUUCUUCAGUUUUAAUUAACCUUCCGUUUAGUUAUGCUUUCUAUGAAGCGCUGAAAAGGAAACGAAAAUUAUAGAAUAAAAAAUUAUUGCUCAAUGUGAAGCCUCAGUAAUUAAUGAUACAUAUAAAUUUCCUGGGAGGGGGGGAGGAGGCACUGUAGGUAUAAUUAUGUAGGACAUUCAACUAUGAAAUUUAUUCUGCGCUUUUCUUGUUGUGUUUGUUGUUGUUAGUAAUGUCGCCUUUUCUUUUCUGUUCAGCUCCCUUUUUUUCCUUUUUUUAUAACAUCUCCGUCACAUGACUACCAUUCGACAUUUUUCUUUCAGUUAUGGUGAUCGAUCUCCCCGGGGAUUUCUUGCUCGUAUAUUUGCGAUAGUCUGGGUUCUAGUUGGCCUCGUGAUCACAUCCAUUUUCACCGGUGUAGUGACCACCUCUCUAACAGCCAUCACACUGAGUACUGAUGUCAAACUUUAUGGUGCUAAGGUUGGUUUCAGCCAAAUCUUAAGCACAUAUUUCCCAAAGGCCUGGAUAUGGAUUUGUUACGAGGACCGAGGGAAAUUUUGACGCGUUGCCAAAAAAAACUGUUUUGCAACGACUGCAACCGAACUUUGGAAUUGAUGAUGUUAUAGUAAACUCAAAACAUACAUUUCUCACAAGAAUUUUUCCGGCACCCAGGAAUUUAGCUUUACAGGGAGCUUUAAAAAGAAAAGAAUCGUUACUCAGACUAGUCUUAAAUUUCAAGUUGUCGCCAAAUAUGUUCCUAUCGCAAAUUAUACUGGGGUUUGACUGAACUCGUCGGUUUCGAUUCAGUAUAUUUAAACGCGGCUUAAAUUCUAAAACAAACACAUAACAGUUAUGUAAACAUUACAUAACUGUUUUCCUUGGAACUAUUGAAAGUUAUCUUUAUUGUACAGGUUGCAGCAGUGGCCAAUUCUACCGAGUACAAGCUGGGUUUGAGCAAAAAUGCAAUUUUGAAAGGUGAAUUCUUAGGGAUGACUUUAAACUGACUCACCACUUUUUUUAAAACUAACAAUGAUAAUAGGUUGAUUAAGACGAUAAUAACAACUUUUUUUCCUUUUAACAUAAAAAUUACAUGUUGCCGUGUGUCUGCCGUGUAAUAUUUGUAAGAAGAACAACGUGACACUCUAGGCACGGCCGAGUGUGUGGGUAUGUGCGGAUGUCCUUAACAUAUUUUGACGUAUCUUGUGAUCUAUUAUCGUACAGACCCACAGCAACAAGGAAUCUAUUUGUUUUAUAUAAUAAAAAGCAAUAUAUUGUUCAUUUUGAUGUCGUUUGUGCGUCUGUCCUCCAAUAGAUCAUAAGUAGGAACCAAUCAAAAUUCGUAUUAUACAAUUCAGCUUAUCUUAUAAUUAUUUCUUUUUUUGUUAUUAUUUUAAUAGAAUUUAAUGACCUAGAAUCGAUCGUUGAACCUCUGAAGAAUCGCGAGGAUAAUUUGAAGGGCGUGCUAGUAGACACUUACGUGGCUGGGGAAAUGUCAGAGUUUUCAAGCGAUGAGCUUCGAGUCAACAAAAUCAUCGACCAUAAUUCUUAUUAUGGCGUCGUAUUUGGAAAUGGAGACUUGACAAAAAUUCCAAUUCAGGAAUGCUUCACUGAUUAUGUGUUGUCUCAUCAGGCGGAGAUCUUCGAGAUUGUGAAGAAGGGUACUAAACCUAUGAGUGUAAGUAGUACAGCCAUUUAACAUAAAAGGAUGGUCGGUUCACAUUUCACCUAAAUCUGAUAAGAUCGGCUCCUUAAAUUCUCAAUUACUUAAGUCCAAAUCCGUCGCGUUUCAUUGUAUCUAUUUGUUUGAGUUGAGUUCACAUGUUCGUCUGAUGUUAUUUACACAAAUUUUGCAAAAUUUUUCUCGUAAUGUCCGUUACGGUCUACUACUUCUUCUUAACUGAAUUAGAUUUACACAAGUUUCAUGCGAGAAGAGCAGAUAGCUUAGUGUCACUAAUUGAUUUUCGCGGUCACUCAGUUCCACAAAAAAAUUGAAAUGUCAAAGAAAUAUAAGUCACCCGACAACAGUUUUUUCGUAAUACUCGUAACUUGAUAACUUUAUCAUAAGACAUAUUUUUUAAGUGAAUUACCUAGGUCAUAGCCACCAACAUUUUACAAAUAUAUUGACUCAUCUCUGUGCCAGUUUUCGAUCGUCACGCGCUCCUCCAUGUUCACUAUUGCCCUUUCAACACAAACACUCCCCCACUUCAUCGAAGGCCCGCAAUAUUUAUGUAGUUUGUUCUUGCCUUGAUCAAGCACAAGAUAGCUAGAACAUUAAUUCGUCUGUUAGCAUAAACGAAAACACUCAAUGACCAGCUUUAAUCUGUUCCAUCAGGAGCCCGACGGGAACGCAGCUUUAGAACGUUCGUCUGGCUUGUUUGAUGCUACUACUCCUCUGUUUCAACGUUCCAUGUACACUUGCGUUGGUCUGUUGCUGUUUUUCGCGACCUGUGGUAUUAUCUGGGAUUACGGUUACAUGAGGUAUUGGAAGAAGAAAGCCGAAAAGGGUACGAACAUUUAUUGAAGUCGAUCAUGUAUUUAUUUCUUAGGGAGGCGUUUCGUUAAAAGCAUGAUAGUCUAAUAUAUGGUCGGACACUUCAGAUAUACAUAGUUGGACUCAUCCGAUAGAUGGUUCGACACAUCCGAUAGAUGGUCAGACACAUCCGUUAGAUGGUCGGACACAUCCGCUACAUGAUCAGACACAUCCGAUACAUGAUCAGACGCAUCCGAUUCAUGGUCGGACAAAUCCGAUACAUGGUUGGACACAUCCGAUACAUGGUCGGACACAUCCGAUACAUGGUCGGACACAUCCGAUACAUGGUCGGAAACAUCAGAUACAUGGUCAGACACAUCAGUGAAAACUACUGUAUACAUAGAAGUUAGCAGGACAGUGAAAACUACUGUAUACACAGAAGUUAGCGUCUCCUGUCCCUGUAUCGUCUCGGUGUUGACAACUGUCAAAUGUAUUAAAAUAUAAUCCUUUCUAAAGUGAAAAACAUUUUUUCAACGGGCCGCAUGCAACAUUGUUUCUUACAUUCAUCGUAGAAAAAGUCAGGCGCAGCAACACGAUAGCACUUACUGAUCACUUAAAAUUCAAUUUUUUCCUCCUUGGAAAUCAACUCAAAAUUCUUGAAUCUUGUAACCGAUGUGAAAGAAAAUAUUUGCUGGCUUGGAUCACUACACGGACUGGACUUUUGCGGAAAAUUUUCUCUAUAUCUUUUUCCCUUUAUUUUUUUCCCACGAGUUUUGGGUAUGACUCUUGAUUUGUUGCUGUGUUCCAGCCGGAACAUCUCACAAACAUUUACUGCUUUCCACCAGAUGAAAACUUCCGUAUUGUUUUCGUAUUUUAAUUUACUCCAAAUGUCCAGUUAUAAAUCAUCUACCACUUACAGGUGCCUUUACCACCAUGAAUGACUCGAAAAGUAAGACGAUUUGAGGAUGUUAGGAUGUAUUCCUUGUUAAUGUUCUGCCACUCGAGGAGAACAUAACAAUUUGCAUGCUACAAUGGCGGUGAUACAACGUGUAACACUCAAUCCCCACAAAUUCAAACCACUCCGUAUUUUGUUUCAUGUUGCAGAGGAACUCGAGCUGCUUGGUAUUCCUGCCUAUGAAAUGGCGAAAAAGAACCUGGAUAUGCUAGAUGCCUUGAUGGAGGAAGUGCAAGACUUCUACGACAACUGGGAGAAGAGAAUGGACGAGAUUGUGGAUAAACAUGAGAUGCAGCUAAGGCUACAAGCAAAAAUGAAGAACUUGGAGGAAAAAGCGACUGAAAAAUCCUCUUACGAAAAUGAACUUUACAUGAAUAGAUGAGUUAUUUCACUGUCUCAUUCCUCCAUUUUCACUGUUUCCAUGUUUUUGCAUUGUUCCACUUUACUUCACACACGUAGCUGAGCAAUCAUGCUAAAAGUACUUCAUUUACUUCGUAAACUAAUCCUGUUUAAACUUCCUGUUAGAUUACGAAUUAGCUCGAUGGAGCGCCACCUCUAACCCUCUUGUGCCGAAAGCGAAUAAGUGAAAAACGCCGUAUCUAGCCCUAGGAAGGCGAUAUUAGAAGAGUGCAACUUUACUUAGAACUGUCUCGAAAAAUUAUUUCAAAUGGUUGUUACUCCGUUCUCUUCCAUUUUUACUGAGAUAACGAAGGGAGCAAUGACGAUGAAAUACUUCCAAACAAAGAGCAACCCAAUGCGAAGGAAAAGCCCAGUUUUUGAGAAAAAAAAACAAAACAAACAAAAAGAUUCCGAAUUACUUUGAAACAUUUGAAAACAUUCGAAAAGAUUCAAUUUCAAUUUCAAUACUUUUUAGUCACGAUUUUGCUUAGGAAUACGAGGAUUUUCAGAUUAGCACCGUUCUCAAGUCCACGUUGACCCAAACUGCGUCGCAACGCCUCUGCACUUGAUCGAGUAAAAUGUGGCAUGAGUAAUUCAAACGUUCGACAUUUGGAAUCUUCAUUGAGUCGACCUGGCAGUUUACGCGACCUUUCAGAUUAAAGGAUUAACGUAGAAAGUUACCUGGAUUUGGCAUGGGAAUGACGUUUGACAGCUAAAUCAUUCGCAUCAUUUAUUAAAUAAUAUGUCCUUAAUAAACAGAGACACUUUUUGCACUUCAUUUACGCUAGCGAUCAAGUCUCUUCUGAACGAUGAGCAAGACGUAGGCUGUACAGUAUUGCACAAAGAAGGAUACACACACUCCUGCACUCUUGACGAUUAUUUUUAAUAUUUUACAAUUUGUGACAGUAAAGUCGUUCAAGAUUAUCUCAAAAAGGUAGUCUUGUAGGUUAGAGAACGAUGUAAUGUCUGGUGUCUAAAAUUAAUCAUAAUUUGCCGCAUUCAACGACAUUCUUACUUGUCGCAAAAAUUCAAGAUAGACAUAAUUUUGUUAUUGUCUACAUUCUCGUCGGAGCGUAAAGAUAUGGACAGGGUUGAGUUUCGAAGAAUGCGUCCCAAAUUUUUACGUACCUUGUUUAUCAUGGUAUCCUUUCAAGUUAUAUAUGUAUUAACAAUAAUUCGUCGCUUCUUGAAUUUUCCUAGAUUUUUUUAUUGUUUGUUUAAGGUUCUUUGAAAGCAGCCCGCUUGGUAAAUAAAAAAAAAUUUGUUGUUUCAAAACAUUCAAGAACAAUAUAAUUAUUUCUCCCAUUGACUAUAAACCGUUCUUACAAUCAUCCCGUGCAUCUUUUCGUUAUUUCAUCGCUUGCGUCAUGCAACAAAAAUAUGAAUCUUCUUAAUUCCUAGGUCUACGGCUGCAAAGAUUCCCAUCGCAAGGUUGUAACGUGUUUCAAAAUGUAAUGUUUCGCGCUGUUUACAUCUGUCAUACAAAGCAAAUAAUAGAAUACAAAUACAAAUUCAACAUCAACUGUUUUUGUACCUUACAUUAAUUUACAAGAUACAGAAAAAGAUAUUUUAUUUGGAGAGUACAGGCUGCCCUUAAUAAUCAUAACAGAGGAGCUUCUCUAAAUCUAUUUGCCUCAAUUCUAAUCAAAGAACCCGUGCCAACGAAACAAAGAUGCAAUUUUAGGCGAAAACGGCGUUGCAUUUCCUAGAUUGGACAAGAUCGAGAACAUUCGGCGGAUUUUCGCCAUUCUUUAAUCGAGGAAAGCGGAAUUUUCCAAAAGUGCUGUCGUCAUGCCGACGUUUUUAAUUUUUUUUUCCGGCACACAAUUAUUGUUAUGUUUUUUUAACGAUUUUGGGGCAAACGUCAAGAGUGAGUACAAACGAAAUAAAAGGGAUCCAGGUUAUCUGUUUUCCCAUCUCUUUACACUACAAUUGCAUGGGUCUAAUUAAAGAACAGGUACAAAACGAAACAAAAAAAGGUUGUUAUAAAAAUAAGUUGCUCUUGUUCGGAACACUUGAAACUUCGAGUUAGUUUUUGCCCCUCUACAAUCUAACAGCGUUUAGAUGAAUUAAGAAUUGACUGUAUGAAAAUUACCAAGUAAGACACAAGUAUUUACUUAAUCUUUGAGACCGAAAAAGCGUCAGAGGCAUACGUUAUAGAUAUUCUCUUUAAUUUUUGUAUUUAUUUUUGUUUUCCUAAGGUAGGCAUUUUUCCAUAAGUCAUAGUAUUCUCCAACCGCGAUUAAAUUUCAAUAUUUGAAAUAUAUUAAAAAAUGUACCUUCAUAAAUUGCUGUUGGCCAAAAAUAUUACCUUUAAUUCAUAAAAUUUCAUUUUUCAUGUAAUAUUUUAGCGUUUAGUUAAAUUCGAUUGCAUUCGACGACCAGUUUUGUAAGAAGGUGUAUGACAGACUUUUUCAUUAAUUUGUGUUGCGGAGUCAUCCUUCUGUUUAUAUUUAGUCCAUAUUUUGAGCACGUAGGACCAAAGACAUCCUUGACAACGCUUUAUUCAAAUUCUACUCAAACCCGUUGAUGUUUAAUUUGUUGUUCAAUUAGAGCGAGCUAUGAUUGGCUGGCGCAAAUGACAUCCUGUCAGGUGGUAAUAAAUUAUUCAUGCACGAAAUUUACAUUUGCACAGAAUUUCCUCGAAUCUAGAGCGAAAAUUCAAACCGAUCUUAAAUCGAAUGUAGCCUUUAAUUCUACACGUAUUUCUGAGACUCAACCGGUCGCAAAAAAAGGAAGAAAGAGAGAAAAAGGCAAGCCUUUACUUGAGCAAGUUGAACAUGCUAUGCGAAACUACCUUCGCCUGGAUGAAAUUCGUUUUGGUCAGUUGCAUGGUUUCGACAUUUUCCCCCAGUUUAAGCUGAAAUUGGCGAAUUGCUUUUACCUUCAGGUAACCAAUCCUUUCUUGAACCUUUUUUUUGCAGCUUUUGAAGCUAGUAUUGGCAUUAUCUCUGAGCACAGAAGCGAAAAAUUACAAGCAAACACUAACAAGUAAGAUUCUUUCAUUAGUUAUAUGAAGCAUUUUAAUGUCGCUAUUGAAGUUGGUAAUAUUCUGUGGUAACGAAACGCCAAGACAUAUCAGUGAAUUGAUUAUAAUUUAGUUGUGUUUUGUUUUAAAGAUAAUUUUUUUUCAGUGAGAACGAUAAUGAUCAUUUUGCAAAGCGAUAUGGAUUGUUUCGCAGUUUAUACGCUGCUUAAAUUUGGGAGGGGGAAAAUGUUUCGAAAUGUUACGCAGUAGCAAUUAUCAGCCUACAUAAUCGAGUCAAAUUAUCCACAAUGCUGUAAGCACUACUAGAAACAGCUUAAAGGCCCUCGACACUUCCAUUCAACUGUUGUCACCAUAACUGAAGCCACAAUUCAUGAGCAAGGAAUAGAGAAUGUUUCUAGACAUUUUUCCACCUUCUUUAAGAAGAACGAAGUCCUCUCUGCUACUAAAAUUUCACUCAAAAGUUUCACAAACACAAAAAAGAUUUCGAAUUUUUGCAGUGUUUUUAUCACUCUGUGCAAACGGAAAUAUAUGUUUUCUUCGAAUCUUGGCAAAAUGUAAACGGAAUUGAAUAGAUCGCACAACUGUGAAACACAACUUUGUAACAUUCAAUAUUUAUUUAGCCUGCAAAAGAGAGAAGAUAAAAUUCUACAGUGGAUAAAUUAUAAAUUUGUCCCCCAAAAAAUUAAUUGCUGUGAUCAUUUAGAUCUAUAUUAUCUGACACGAAAUUUAUCAUAAGUUACCUUAAAACUAAGAAAAAAAAACCAAAGAUGAGUUAUCUUAGGAAACGAAAACAUUUAUAAGAAAAUGAUGAAUUAUUUUCUCGUCUUGCCGCAAGAACUCGUUGAAAAAGGCCGUGACAUGACAUCUGUUUGUUUCCGGGGCUCAAUGAUUGGUGGAAAAGUUGCAGCAGGUGUUGCAAGCUGAGUAUAAUAUACGAACGAAAAUAGCUAGAGUAAUUUAUUUUAGAAGUUGCAAGAAAAAAUUUUUGGUCAUUCGAUCUUUACUGGUAAAGAAGUAAAUAGAAGAUAUUGUGGGGAUGACGUUGAAAUUCGACAACGAUGUAUCGUAUGUACGAUAUAUCGUUCAAAUUUGGGGGAAAAUACUAAGACUUUUUUUUUCGUUCGACACUUUUUCGAAACUGUUGUAUGUUAAUUUACCUUAAUGACUCAAGAUUGGUAAGUUAGGGUGGCGAUAUGCUGGAAACGUCUAAACUUUGAUGAAGUGAAAAGCGACCAAGCAAAAUUAAUUGAUUAAUUUCGCAAAAGCCCUCAUCUUGAUCUGAUCUCCGUUAUUUCAGCGAGCAUUAGUUUAAGUUUACCAAGACUUCUUUGUAAAAUAUUGUGAAACUGAACUUGCAUGAUAAGGCCAAAAAAUUCGCUAAUUCAAAACGACAUUGUGACAGUUGGCUGUUUUGAGUUUCUUUCUGAGAUCACCGGCUGAGGACUAAGCGUUUUAUCGUGAAUAGCAUGCAGGAGUUUCGGCAUUAAAGAUGGCUUGUCUUAAGAAAAUCUCGAUUAUAAAAAAGAAGAGAAGUUUCUGUUAAGAAUUUCCCGAAAUAGCUCCUCGACCAGAAUUGAUCUCCAAGAAAAAAAGUGAGUAAUUCAUCCGUGGCCUUCCCGCCCUUAAACAACACAAAGUGUACUGAUUUCACAUUUUGGUUUCGUAAAAGACAUUUAGGCCAAGAAGCGUACCAGGUUUGAAACACACAUGCAGAGCUAGUGCUUUACUCGUCAAGUUUUCUAAUUUAAACACGCCUUAGUUUCCUUUACGGUCGUCCGUGAUUUUCUGUAAGUCUCUAGCGUCAAGUCCUGUCUCUUUCGCAUUAUUUAGUUUGAACUACAUGGUUCUGCUCUCAAAGCACCAUGGAGGACAAAAUGAAAGUCCUUUACGGCAACUGCAGGAAUGACUUGCGUUAAUGUACAGGUUAAAUUUCUUCUGCAAACAAUAGCACGUGCAUUGUUCUAGCUUUGAUUUAUCGUUGCUUAUUCUAUUUUCUGUUAAUGGGGUUGUCUCAUACGCCUGCUGGAUUGUAAUAAGGUUGCGUGAAAAGAUGACCAUGUAUGCAUCUUUGGAUAACUUAUAUUUUUUUAAAAAAAUCUUGCUUUUUCAACACCAGGCACAUGUGGAAAGGGGGAUAUCAAACUAUCCGAUGCAAAAGGAAACUUCACAAACCCCGGAGGAUAUGAAGGGUAUCCGAACGAAACAAAAUGCAGGUAGGUUAAUUGAUGCACCUUCAUUUUCUAUAAUCUAUGAAUAUGUUCUUUAUUCAUGUAUAUAUUCACUUUGCUCAGCUUCCUCCACUGCCCGUCGUACGUUGCACCAUCAAAGGCCAGACUUUUGCUUGCAACUCGCUAAUUUUUGCGGAUUGCUCCCAAUUUUUAGAAAAGAGAGAAGAUGUAAAAAGGAAAAAAAUUUACCCUUGCAUUAGGACGGGUGUCCAUAGUUUAAACUGUAACUAUGAAUAUCAAUGGAAAAAGAUUUACAUAGGUUCACUCUUAUUAAAAUGCUUUAUUCUUGGUCUAUUUUUCAUCAUUAUCCUUAUCACUACCAUCGACACUAUCCUUAUCUUUAUAGCUAUCGUCAUCAUCAUCCUUAAUUUAAUUAUUAUUAUCAUUAUUGUUUUUAAUACCAUUAUCAUCAUUUCCAUUUUAAUUUAUGGAAAGAAAUUCAUCAUAAAGGUUUCGUUUCGUUGUGCUUUUUGUUUCAGUUGGAUCAUAGAACCAGGUUAUAUCUCGAAAAUUACAGUCACAUUCCAUGACUUUGACUUGGAGUUUAGUAAGACAUGUAAACCCUAUGAUUCCGUCAGAGUAUUAGACAAAUGCAAUAAAUCAAAAACUUGGGAAAUGAUCGAAGAAAACGUAGAAGGAUACUGUGGAAACGGGACGUUUGGCAUCACAUCUCGAUGCGAAAGAAUGAAAAUAGAGUUCAAGUCUGAUGAUUCAGUAACAAGGAGGGGAUUCAACGCUACCUAUGUGGUUCAACGACAGCCUCGUAAGUCUAAACAGUCAGCCCUUAAACCCAUUCUACGAACUUAGCAAUGCACAAAACCACAGACCUUGAUUCUGAAUUACUCACGAACGAAAUACCAUUGAUAUUUCCUUCUUCUUUCAUUUGUUUCCUCUCUGUUUUCCCUGUUUUUUUCCUCGUCUUCCUUGCCAAAAUUGCUCCUCCCUCUCUCUCUCCCUCUCCCCCUUCGUCCGUCUCUCAUCUUUUCUCCCUUCGUUACUCUGCUCCUCCCUUCCUUUAAUAAUAAUAAUAAUAAUAAUAAUAAUAAUAAAUAAUCAUCAUCAUUUAUUCAAAGCAUAUCCUAUUAAAAAGAUGUGGCUCUUCAUCUGUGAAAGCCCUACAAAGGUCUUACAAGGAAGACAAAGCACGCGCUUUCAAAAAUGUUUUCCUUGAAGUCCGAGCAUUUUCUAUUCCUCCAUCCUCUACACCUUCAUUCCUCCGUUCACCUUCUUAGAGCAAAGAAACUACUUCGUGAGAAUAGAUUCCACGCUAUUUCGAGGACUUAGCACCGUUUUACUUGCUGAAGUAUAAAUGUAUAUACUACACUAUUAUGAACUCUAAACAAUCAUGGAAAAUCACAUGACUGUAGGAUUUUUACAAGAUUCCAUUGGAAAUAACAUCGUUGUGUUAUACUCAUUAGUUGUUUUGUUAUUUUAAAUCACAGAGGCACCGGAAAUAACAUCGUUCUGCAUUGAGGGAAAGAAAAACUGCUCAACAAAGAUGGAGGCUGAAGAGUUUAGUACCCUGUUAUUAACUUGUAAAGCUUCUGCAUCUCCUCAGCCAGUAUUCAAUUGGACGUACCUUGGUACAAACGAAUCGAAUCCCGAAGGAUUUCUAAAUAGAACCGAGAACCGCAUUAUAGAUUUUCGUAACGGAACUCUUAAGAUCAAAGAUUUGAAUAGAGGUGACACUGGCUUCUAUGAAUGCCACGCCGAUAACAACGUCGGUCAACCUGACAGUGCAGUAAUGUAUCUUCGCGUAAAAGGUGAGACAAAAACGCUGAUUCUUUACCAAAAAGAUAAGUUUUCUUAUUCAACAAAUUUCUUUCACUUCGAGAGAACGACAGCUAUCACCAAAUCAACCCUUUAUCUCGCUCAACCCUUUAAAACUAUCAGUAAUCAAGACAUCAUUUCUCCUUACAACACCGGUACAAUAUCAAGCAGAAAAGUGGUCAGAAUAGAGAAAGAUAUUCAUUUGGUGAAUUACCAGUCGAUUCAAUACCGAACUCUCCGAAUUAGCAUGAUAAGAUUGUAUGGCAGAAAGUAGGGAGAAUCAGUACCACCAGUCUCCUUUAGCUCGACUAAACUGCAUCUACCACACUGAAACAAAACAAAACAAAAAAAUAUAACAGAGCACAUCUUUCCAAAAUUCAACUAUGUUGAAAAGUCUCGCCUAUCAUUGAACAUUCCAUACUGAAACAUUUAAAAUUUCACCCUUUUAAGACUAAAAAUUGUGCAAUAUGCAUAACGCCAGGGUAAGAGCACUCGACUUCCUUCCUUAUGCCGCCUGUGCCUUAGCCCUUUUUACUUUGCAGGUUAAAGGAGGCAAAUUUUUUCAAAACACUCUUACCUUUGGGCGAUCUCCGGUAAUUAUAGUGCGCCAGUGUGCAUAGACAUAAUCCUAUAGAGUGAUAAACCUAACCCUUGAUUGGACCCAGUUUUCCAGUCAAUUGAUUCUUCCAAAUACGUCGAAAACUCUCUUUAAGGAAACCCGUCACCCCGAGAUUUCCAUAACUAAGGUUAUUAUUCAGCUAAACGGGACUUUAGCGGAUUGUUCCUCCCAGAAUAUUGAUGUAACCUCUACAGAUACUGUAGGAACUCUAUGAUAUGAUGUUUACACUAACUUUGCUAUAUCUAGAGUUUCAACCUAAUUUAAACAUUGGUGUUAAUGAACGCUUUCUUAUUCUCAAACUCGCAAAAUUCAAUUGGAAUGUUUUUCGCCCUUUGGAUUUUUCCUGACUUUGUUUUUUUCUUUGUCUAUUUCUUUGUCUGUUUGUUUAUCUUCACAGAGAAAUGCAAAUGCCCCAAGCGUAUCAUCGCUAAUUGGUACGACAUCCCACCCUACAUACAAGACAAUGGACCUGGUCGAGAACCUUCCGGACUAUUUCCGCUGCUUCUUAAAGAAAUUGUACCGCUUUGCUGUGGGAACUGUUCCGAGGGUGAUGGACCAUCGGAGAUAAUUUACCACGAAAAACGUCAACCAAACCUCGUGCGAAUAAAAUCACUCGAUAACCUUGACAAGGAAGACACAAUAACGUUUCCUAUCAGCGGGAAAAAGGAUGAAAGAAAUUAUCAGAAUGAUUUUAGGUUCAUGCCAUUGAUUAGUUCACCUGGAGUGGCUUUCAUUGUUGUUGAUGAACCGCCUGGUUCUUCUGCGAACGCCGUAUUCAACUCUGUACUGUCUGGGUGGCCUGUGCUCCUUCUCACUAUGUUAAUGGCCUUACUGUCUGGCAUAAUCAUGUGGGGACUGGUGAGUAAAAUUUGCUCCAAUCAUUUUAUUAUUCUCGGAAGCCAUAUUUAUUGCCAAAUCCCGGUUUAAAUAUUUACGAAAGAGUCUUUAGAGUUGUUACUCGUUAGAGUAUAAUUACAAGCUCUCAUAAAGUCUAAAAUAUGCAUAAGCUAAUUUCUCUCUCGCCAAGGUAUAAUAAUAAUGAUAAUAAGUCUUUGAUUUAAGAUAAACUGCUUACAGCAAAAGUGUAAGUUAACAUUGAUUGAAACGUGAAAAGCGAUUGAAACUAUACUAAAUAACCCUUAUUAGAUCUAAUUUCAUCUAUUUCAAGAUGACAGAAACUGGAAAAGACAUCUAUUUAUGUCUACACGUUAAAAGCCUCCAGUUAUAAUCCAUGGAAGAAUGUUUGACGGAAACUGGAGUUUAGUAGUGUCGGUUCUUCCCGCAUCUUUCCUUAAUUAGUUCAUAGUAAUCAUCUUCGUCGCUCUGAUGUUCUCAUCUUUUCAAAGGACACAUGGUAUAAUCCCGAUGAAUUUCCGAGGUCAUUUAUCAAAGGAAGUGGAGAAGGCUUUUGGUGGGCUUUUGUGACCAUGACAACCGUAGGGUGAGUGUAGUCGUAGAAUACAGAAAAUGUUCCACGUGUAUGACCGAAUCCUCGUACUCAGUUUCUGUAUUCUGUAUCUCCUAUCCGAGCUUCAUGUUGGGGGCUGUUUUGUGACAUUGACUUCUGCAUGUUUGAUAUGAAAACUAUGUUCCUUCGGUUUGGAGUUAUAAUUCUAUGAGUUAUUAAGAAGCUUGAGAAAACAACUGUGUAGUCAGAAUGAUUUUAGGGCUUCCAAAAUACGAUCUAUGUCUAUGCAGUUUGAGGAUCGCUUCAAUGGCUUGUGCUAUUGUGAUGUGUAAAUGUCUUAAUGAUCUGGCACCUGGCUAUUUGUUGAACAAACUUUGCACUCGAUCCACUAUUUCAUCAAGUAGAACUGCUGCCGGUGAGCGUGCCUUUAAUUAUCGUGGUGUAAUAAACAACCUGAAAAAGGACUUGAAACAAAAAGUAGGCACCAAACAGACCCUUCCUUACAUUCAGGGUGUUAUGAAGGCACUAAACAGGAGUGUCGAAACGUUGGGUCAAUGAAUUGUAACUUCUCGGUUACACUCAUUAAAUCUUUAAACCAGAGUAGCAUCAAAUCAUGUCAGACACCAAAAGUUUUAAGAAACGUCGAAUAGAUAAAUUAGUGAGUAAUCGAAUCUCAACUGAUUUCCGUUCUCUCGUUUUCUUUCAGUUAUGGUGAUCGAUCCCCUCGGGGUUUUGUGGCUCGCAUCUUCGCAAUAAUCUGGGUUUUAGUUGGCCUCGUUAUCACGUCCAUUUUCACUGGUGUUGUGACUACCUCUCUGACAGCCAUCACACUGAGUACUGACGUCAAACUCUAUGGAACUAAGGUGGGUUUAUUCUGCCCUCAAUAAAAACUGUUCCCCUUUAAAAGAGGUCACCUAAAGCAGUUUGCUCAUAGACGAAAAAAAUAGUCGAUGAUGAACUUGACAUUCAGAAUCUUAUCGAAUGUUUCAGGCCAUAUUAGAACCUAGUUUAUGUAACGUUACUCUCUCUAAUAGUUCAGCGGUAGGUCAACUGACUGAAAAAGCUUGUACAAUUAACUGGGUAACUUCACAUUUCAUCUCUUUCAUUUCAUUACCAAUUUUUUUUUUGUACCGGUGGUGGAAAUUUCUUAUGCCUUGUUUUAUACUCACCAUGGACGUUUUAAAAACAAUAUAUUAUUUGAAUUAUUUUUAUGGUCAUUUCAGAUCGCAGCAGUGGUUAAUUCAACCGAGUACCGGCUUGGACUGAACAAAAAUGCUAAAAUGCAAAGUACGUGUUUAGUUAUAUAGAGAAUAAUAGAUGGGCGUGCGUAGAUAUGGAAUUUCUCUUCAAGUGUUUAACUCGAUAGCUCACGAGUGAGGUGUCGAGUUGAACACGAGAAGAGAAAUUCCAUAUCUGCAAGCAACCAUGUAUUAUUUUAUUAAUCAUAUAAACACAAUAGCCCUUUACUAACAAGAAAAGCCGACUUCAUUAAUGAAUGAAUCCCCGAAUAACAAUCGUAGAGUGCGUUGGCGCUAACUCUUAAGAUGGAAAAAUAUGUUGAAUCAUGAUUACAAAAUCAACAAUAGUCGUAAUUUUCAAUUUACAAAAUUCUCAUUUAUUGAAUUUCUCCUUACCGACAGGAGAAGUUUUUUCAGGUAAACGGCGAAAAUCGGCCAGUGGUAAAUCCUCCAGUUGUCGAUUUUAAUUCUCAACCGAGAGAAAUGCUAACACCAAAGCCACUGAAUACGUAACAAUCAGUUUUUCUUCUUGUAUAUUGGUUUUCUUCCCUUUUUAGGAAAGUUUGAACCUCACUGUCUAUCAGCGAUACGGAUUUUUUAGUGUUUCAGCCGCCAUAAUUUAAGAAAGCUCCAAAAAACAACUUGUAUUGAGAAUCGUGAAGGCUUUGCCGCUCAUUGAUCAACCUGACCGAGUGGCGCCAAAGGCGAGUGACGUGUCAGCAGCUGAUUGGCUAUAUCAACACACGUGAAAAAAUACGAUAUUUUUUCACGUGUGUUGUUACGGCUUUUCUCAGAGCCGGAAAUCCCUGUAUAACACCGCAGUUUAUGUGAUAAAUCAUAUUCUGCUAUAGAUUAAACUACUGGAACAAGAGUGCUUCUUGUGAAUCAUGGGCUAGUCGGCAUGUACAUUUCAGUCUGUACCAGAGUCAGUCAUCAUUAUCGUAGGUACAACACUGGAGGCGAUUUUCUAUUCAUUAUAUUCACUUGAGGACCCAGAAAAAAUAUGUUUAUCUUGAUGACAGAGCGAAGUCGACUUCUAAAACGCGGGCUGACAAAUUAAAAACUUUGUUGUGAUAGAGCGACCUUGUUCGAAAUUCUGAAACUUUUCUUGAGGUUUGUGAAGUGACUGACAUAACUUCUCCUUACAAUAUCAAUACAAUGUCAAUGCAAUAUCCAGCGGACAAGCGAUGAGAAUAGAGAUUAAUAUCAACUGAACGAUUAUUAGUUGGUCCAGUACCAAAUUCUCUAAACCAACAUUAUGAAAAUUAUAGAGCAGAUAUUAAGGAGAAUUACUGAUAAAAUCAUGUGCGUGAAAGGGUUAAAGUUUUUGUCUCCUGUAUCUAUACAUUCUUCAAUAUCCAGAAGGGCAUUUUGUAAAAAAGUUCUUCGGUAUAUAAACGAUUUUUUAUCAAAAAAAUUGGAGUGUAACAAAACAAAGACCAGUCCACUCUCGUUUCUUACAGUUUUCUAUAUCAGUGUGAAACAGUUCGGUGGCGCUAAAUGUCGACUGCGCUCCAAUUUGAAUUACGCCUUUAACUGAGUAUCUACGUUAUGCAAUUAUGUUCUCACAGGUUUCGAUACAUUGCAGUCAAUUGUGGAACCUCUGAAGAAUCGAAAGGAUGACUUAAAGGGCGUGUUAGUUGAUACGUACGUCGCUGGAGAAAUGAAGGAAUUUUCCAGUGAAGAGCUCCGGGUGAAUAAGAUUAUUGACCACAACUCAUACUAUGGUGUGGUAUUUGGAGAGGGACUGCUAUCUGCAAAGAAUUUCCAAGUCUGCAUCGAGGAUUAUUUUCUUUCCAGACAAGCUGAUAUCUUUCAGAUAGUGAAGGACAAUACGAACCCUAUGAAGGUGAGGUCUCAGUAGUUUAAGUCAAUCUUUCGAAAUGUAAUCACCAUUUUUCAAUUAUAGGUAUAGUGUAGUUUAUUUACUUCAACUUAUUCUAUAAUUUAUCAAAUGGCCACCCUCCCUUCUGCUGAAUUUUGACCACAUUCAUGCAAUGAAUCCGGUCUAAUUGACUGUAGUUGGAAACUGUGAAAACAGAUUUUAGCUGAGUAUGAGAUCUCGCACUCUUUCUUUAAAUUAAUUUGCAUGAUAGCACAGUCAUUGCAUAUUUUAAUUUGGAGCGAGCCUCUCGUGAAAGUGACUAAAUAAUUAAAAUCUUGGCCUUCAUAAACUUGCCUUUCCUUCUCAUAGGAACCAAAAGAAAGCGCGGCAGUGGAGCGCUCGUCUGGUUUGUUUGAUGCCGAGUCUCCCCUAUUUCGAAACGCCAUCUACUCGUGCAUUGGUUUGCUGCUGUUUUUCACGUCUUGUGGCAUUAUUUGGGAUUACGGUUACAUGAGACAUUGGAAGAAAAAGGCUGAGAUGGGUGAGUCUAGCUAAUGUUUUUACAGAUUAUGUAAAUAAUUUGUAGAGAUAUUAUGCAAUAUGAUGCAACUUUCAUUUGUGUCGAAGGUUAUACCCCUUCCAGCCACCUCAGAGAAUGUUCUUCCAUAAUAGAUUCCAAAAUAUUGCACCCUUCUCGAGAUGAGUUGCUAUUGGAACUGUUUUUCAUAUAUUUAAGAUCAUAAAAACUGUUUAUAUUGUCUUGAUAAAUGAUGAUGCAAUCAUUUUAGACUUUUCUUUUCACCAGUUUUCCAGCUCUUUAAUGAAUUAAAAACCAGAUAAUAUUUUUUGAAUGGGUUUUUUUACGUGUGUUCAUCCCGUAUCUCAGUUGUGUUUAUUGCGUACUGUAACGAAUGAAUGAAACGCGGUAAUCAUGUAGUCUCCAUUUAUCUUCUUUGAUGAUAACAACCAUUUUGCAUUGUCGAUGAUAACAACCAUUUUGCAUUGUCGUUUAUAGAUGAACUUGAGCUUCUUGGAGGACCUGGGUACGAAAUGGCCAAGAGGAACCUAGACAUGAUGGAUUCACUGAUGCAGGAAGUUCAAGAAUUUUAUGACAACUGGACGAAGAGACUAGACGAAAUCACAGAGAAACACGACGAGGAGCAGAGGUUACAGAGUAAACUGAAGAAAUGAAAAUGAAUUGCACUUCUUGUAGAGGAACGAUGUAAUUUCGAGAAGUUGAUAAAAUCUUUAGCACAAAUGGUUAGUAAGUGAAGUCAUAGUAAGAGAAUACAUGUAGCAUACCAUUAACUAGUCCUAGUAUGUCAUUUCAUCGAUGGAUAUCGCAUGUGGCACAGUAUGUGAGUGUGUUUAGUCUAACCUACAUUCAAUGACUGCCUUCACGUCUCUACAACGAAAAUUUAAUUCUGCACCAUUGUUGUUCUUGAAAGACGUGAUAGUUGUAAACCUGUUUCAUUAAGCGUGAAAGCUUGCUAGUGAGCAGGGACGAGUCCACUUAGGCGCCCCAAGGGAGGUUGCAAUUAAAGAGAGGUGGCUUUAGGUAAAUGUAGAUUUAAGUGAAUUUUUAGGUGUGCAAGAUCCAUCGAGAGCAAUUGCAAAGAAAAACUCUUUGAUUGGUUUGUAGCAUCCACCUAAAUUCGUAACUGGUCAUUGACUGCUCAAUGAGAGAGUGAUCCAAAGUAACUGCGAUCGUUUGGUUGAUAAAUGACCGGUUUCCGCUCGGUGGGUAAUCAUUGACUGUUCGGAGAUCUUUCAUUGACCAUGGCAAGCCAAAGUACUCGUCGAGAACCCUUUAACACCCCCCCUUCUUCCAUCCCCCUUCUAUUGGAUAACUUUUGAUAUGGUCUCACUAGGAGAUUUUUUGUAAGGCAUAAAUCCACUUGCACGUAGUAAUGAUGUACACAGUAACUUUUAUCGAAGCAAUUUAAAUGAAACAGGAGGAUUAACCCCAUGCUAUCGCGUAUAAAUACAGUUGUGAUGUGAUUUCCGCUACGAUUCAACAUAAAGCGGUAUUUCUCUUUCCAAUAUUCAUCACUGACAGACUGUAUAUUGCCCCUGUGCUGAAUGUUUAGACAUUCUGGACAAGCUUACCUGAUGUUAAGUUGUUGAUGUUAACAAGAAAAUCUGAACCGAUAAGUAAGACUUCUUAUCUUGUCCGAACGAAACCCAAGCCAUUGACUUUAUAUGUAAGUACUGAGCCUAUUAAAAUCAAAGUUGGAGUGUAACAAAACAAAGACCAGUCCACUCUCGUUUCCUACAGUUUUCUAUAUCAGUGUGAAACAGUUCGGUGGUGCUAAAUGUCGACUGCGCUCCAAUUUCAAUAUUUUCUUGGAUUCGUCUGACAGUGAUGAUUUUUCUCAUGCAGUGAGUAAUCAAUUUACUAUCACUGUAUGCUUUUUGUUAUUUAAUUUUAUUUUAUUUAGCUGGAACUGCCGUUACGUAGCUAUAGUCACAAUAGAUAAUUGAAUAAUUCCAUCUCGUUUACGUCUCGACUACAAAUGAAUGUGGAUAGUGUUUUAUACAUUUUAUGGACAUGAGCAUACAUCCACGCGUAGUUAAUAGAGAUGUCUGGAUAGGAGAGCCGGCAGAAAGCUAAGAUGAAAAAACGGUGCUGCAGCGUAUAUAUAUACAUAUAUAUAUAUAU